AUGGGACAGUAGUGUUGUAAUGUAAAAAAUGCUUAUGUUCCUGAUCAGAUACCAAUAAACAUUUAUACUCCAGAUCAAAUUGAUUAUUAAGGACUUUAAAAUACAAAAUAAAUGCUAGAAGUAGUCAGUUAGGGUUUUGAUGAUGAUUAAAGCAACAGAAAUAUAAUUGAAGAUGAACAUUUACCAUCAGAUGCAAUGAAAUUACAUGAGAUUCCUAAAUUAGAUAAUCAAAAAGCAGAAUCAAUUAGACAAUAACUUGGCUCUAUCAAACUAAAUUAUGAUUCUGAAUAUCCAAUUUAUCAACCUGUAUAAAUUGUAAAUUACAAACCAAAUGGAGAUAUUCAUUCAAUUGUUAUUUAUGAAGGUCAAUGGUAUAAAUCAAAAAGAAAUGGAGCAGGUAUUCAAUAUUAUCCUGAUGGUUCAAUUUAUGAAGGUCAUUGGUGUCAUAACAAACAUGAUGGAUUUGGUAGAAUUAUCUAUGCAGAUGGAGAAUAUUAUAUAGGAGAAUGGAGAUUAGGAUAAACUCAUGGUGAAGGAACAUUAGUUACUAAAGAGUUGACUUAUAUAGGAAGAUGGGAAGAUGAUUUAUAAGUAAGUAUAUUUUUAUAUUAAGAAUGGAUAAGGUUAUGAAAAAAAGAUUAAUGGUACUACUUAUGAAGGAUAAUUUAAAAAUGGACGUAAGCAUGGAUCAGGCUUAGUUAAAUAUUCAGAUAAUUCUUAAUAUAAAGGAAACUUUGUUGAAGAUCGUUACGAGGGGAUUGGAGAAUAUAAAUGGAAUGAUGGUAGAACUUAUGGGGGAGAAUGGAAAAAUAAUCUAAUGAAUGGUAAAGGUGAAAUGAGAUACCCAAAUGGAGAUAAAUAUAUAGGUAUAAUAUUAAAAUCAUCAUCUAGGACAUUUUAAGAAUGAUAAAAAACAUGGAUUAGGAAAAUUUAUUUAAAUGAAUGGUAGAUCUAUUGAAGGAGAAUGGGAUGAAGGUAAAUUAAAUGGAGAAGCUAAAAUAACAGAACCUAAUGGAGAAUCAUUUUUUGCUAAUUUUAAAAACGAUUAAAUUAUUUGA